AUGGAGUAUUUAGUGGGGACUUCCCCAGAACAGUUACUGGCGGCUUAUCGCGACCUUUUCCCAUUACCCAUUAGGCCUGGGUUUGAGCUCUGCCAGGCGUGGGGCAAUUUUGUGGCAUGGAUUUAUGCUAUCCGACACGAGGGCAUGUCGGCUGAACUGACGCAAUUGGGCAGACGUUUACAUUAUCAGCUUCGAGUGUCUCAUGCGGCGAAGGAAAACCCCGGCGCUAAUUUCCAAACGCUUGCCAUUGCCAUCGGCGAUCCCAGAAGAGAGGAAGACCCGGUUUUUCAGGCGGCCCAGAAAGCAAAAAAAAACAUUCUGCUCCUCCUCCAAGCUUUGCGGGUUGUUUUCGAUACGGCCGCACAAGGCAUUACAGCACAACAUGCCAUGUGCAAUUGA